AAACAUAAACCCUAGAUCCUAAUUUAUAAUGAAUAAAAAAGAGAUAAACUAGGAAAUUGAAAUCCCCACAAAAUAGGCAACUAAAUAAAAGACUAAAAUUCAAAUAAUAAAAUAUUAAAAUUGUUUGUGCUUGCAUCCGGAUGCUCCUGCAUCAUAUACCUUUCCAUUCCAUUUGCUGAUCAAGAAUCCAAGUUUUACCCACCGUGUAGGGUAUGCCGUCAAAGAUUUUCUAAUGAGAAUCUUUGGAUUUACAAAUGCGAAAAAUGUAGAUACUACACUCAUCUGGAUUGUGCAACAUCAAGAAACGAGCUGUUCAUGUCCAUCCUUACAUCUCCAGGUAUACGUAAAACCAUAAAAAACUAUGAAGAUGCUGAACAUCCUAAUCUUCUUCAUCUACCAUUUCAUGAUCCAUCUUAUAGCCUACUAAAACACUUGUUUUUCAAGGAAAACGGGGGGUCAAGUACCUGCAAAACACAUGAUAUUAGUCAUCAACAUCCACCAACUCUGGUGGAUGCAGGAUGUCGUGAUAUCACAAUCCCCACCUUCUAGAAUAAAAUCAAUAUCCUAUCAUGACCCAAUGAAGAGGAUUCAACUUUUGUGCGACGGGUGUGUGAGACCAAUUACGAGUGGCCCAAUUUACGUGUGUGCCAUUGAGGAGGAGGAGGAGGAGCAUUGCAACUUUGUGCUCCACGAGUGGUGCUCCCGGCUACCUGCUGAACUGAUAGACCACCCUGCUCACCAACACCAUACCCUGAUUCUCUGUUCAAAAGCCCUUGGUGAGUUUUUUGGGGUGUUCGAUUGUGAUAUUUGCAGCUUACCUUGUAAUGGAUUUGUCUAUUGUUGUACGGAAUGCGUAGACUUCAUCAUUGACGUUGAGUGUGCCUUCUUACCUAAAGAAAUCACUCAUACUUCUCACCCAAAUCACCUCCUCUCUCGGGUUUAUCAAACGCGUUAUCUAUGUCGUAUAUGCGAAUAUAGUGAGUCGGGGAAUUAUUUUUCAUUCAGUUGCCAUACUUGUAAUGAUUUUCAUCUACACGCCAAGUGUGCUUUGUUAAUACCAGAGACAACUGUGCACAAGUGUGACAAGCAUCCUAUGAAGCCGAGUUACUUUCCCAUUGAGAACCAUAUGAGUGACUAUUUUUGUGAAGUUUGCGAGCGGGAACUUAAUCCAGAGCGUCCAUCCUAUCACUGUCGUGAUUGUAUGCAGUCUAUGCAUACAACUUGUGCUAUGUCAAUACUUCAGUAUGAAACAUAUGACCGAUAUACUAGAGGCGUUUAUCAGUUUGUAAAUGUGAAGUUUGGGGGCACAUAUAACAAUAUUGAAGUGCAUCCACACCCCCUUUCAUUCGUUCAAGGGAUUGAAGACGAUGGUCAAUGUGCCAAAAAAGGUUGUCAUGACAGAUAUCAGCUGCAUAAUCUUCAAUUCAGAAUGAUCUUUAAGUGUUCAGAUUGUAAAUUUGCAGUUCAUUACGAAUGUUGUAAACGUAUGAGUAGCUAAUAUAUACUAUAAUUGGUUUGUUCUUGUGUUUCGUGUUUUGUUCUAUUUUAUAUAAAGAUUCCAAACCCCUCAAUGAA